AUGGACGUAGAUAGAUCAUCACUCUGCAAUUGCGUUGUCAACUUUCUCUUAGAAGAGAACUACGUUCUUACAGCAUUUGAACUUCUCCACGAGCUUCUCGACGAUGGCCACGACGAUCAAGCUAUUCGUCUUAAACAUUACUUUUCCGAUCCUUCUCUCUUUCCACAUGAUCAAAUCUCUCGCCUCAACUCUCUCCGAGUGGCAGAUCCUCAAAGUUUGCUGGAAGAGAAAGAAGCAGCAGUUGAAAAGUUAGCUAUUAGUGAUUAUGAACUGCGCUUGGCUCUAGAAGACAUCUCAAAACUCAAGAGUGAAUUGCAGAAGAAGACAGAAAAACUUCAUGAACUAAGUGCUACGCAGUUUAGUAGAGAUGUUUCAGUGAGUGAUGGGCAACAAAUUCAUCAGAAAAAUAAUACUUCCUUCACUGAUUUGGGUCCGUUAAAGGAUACUGAGCGUCAAGAUCUUAAUUGUGCCGUAAAGGAAUAUUUGCUUAUAGCUGGUUACCGUCUUACUGCAAUGACAUUUUAUGAAGAGGUUACAGACCAGAACUUGGACAUUUGGCAGAACACACCUGCAUCGGUACCUGAUGCCUUGCGGCAUUAUUAUUAUCAGUAUCUUUCAUCAACUUCAGAGGCUGCUGAGGAAAAAUUUUCUCUGCUUCAAGAGAAUAAAACAUUGCUGAAUUCAAAUCAGAAGCUGAAUCUAGAAAAAAAAACCCUGUUGAAGAACAAAGAUUUGACUGAGGCUCAAAUUGGAACAUUGACUAAAUCCUUGGAGGCAACACAGAAAGAUAUUAGAGACAAAGAGAACCAGGUGCUAGUCUUAAAACAGUCCUUGGAGCACCAAAGAAAAGAGCUCAAUGAUUGCAGAGCUGAGAUCACCUCACUGAAAAUGCAUCUUGAAGGGUCUCUCUCAGGAAAUAAUUGGGUUGUCAAGGAAGUUAAUAAUGUUCAGUCUCAAUCUUUAGAGAAGUAUGAGGAAGAAAUUAAGAAAUUGCAGGUGGAAAUUGAGGCGCUGAAGGAAAAGAAUGUAAGAGCUCCUGAACCUGGAAAUUAUGUUGGUCCUGAAAUGGAAAAUUUACAGGCAGAUGAUAAAGUGAUUGAGAUUCAUGAAGACCAAGGUUCAAUCUCAAAUCCCGUUGCUGCGGUGGUUGGUGCUGUACGCAAUGAAGAUGCUCAAUCAUCAGCUGUUCAAUCUCUGAAUGAGAAAGCAAAUAGCGAUGAAGAUACCUUGCCUACACCAUUUAAUGCUGUAAAUACAAAUCGUGCUUCUGAAAAUAUAAAAAACGAAUCCGAACAAAUUGUUGGUCAACAUGAGGACACUAGGUUACUUCAAAUAUCAGAUAGUGGUUUAGGAACAGUUCAGAUACUUGCAGAUGCUUUGCCUAAAAUUGUUCCUUAUGUCUUGAUCAAUCAUCGCGAGGAGCUCCUUCCUCUAAUAAUGUGUGCUAUCGAGCGCCACCCAGACAGCAGCACAAGAGAUUCUUUGACCCACACAUUGUUUAAUUUAAUCAAGCGUCCAGAUGAGCAGCAGAGACGAAUAAUAAUGGAUGCAUGUGUCAACCUUGCCAAGAAUGUUGGAGAGAUGAGAACAGAAACAGAAUUGCUUCCCCAGUGCUGGGAACAAAUAAGUCACAUGUACGAGGAGCGUAGAUUGCUCGUUGCUCAGUCAUGUGGAGAGCUUGCAGAAUAUGUACGGCCGGAGAUUCGCGAUUCUCUUAUUUUAUCUAUUGUGCAGCAACUAAUAGAAGACUCUGCCAGUGUUGUUCGAGAGGGCGCAGCUCGAAAUCUAGCUAUGCUGCUUCCACUUUUCCCAAACAUGGAUAAAUAUUUCAAGGUGGAGGAGCUGAUGUUCCAAUUAGUCUGUGACCUGGCUGGAGUGGUGGUGGAAACUGCUCUCAAGGAAUUGGUUCCCGCAGUUAUAAAGUGGGGAAACAAUUUGGAUCACGUUUUGAGAGUUUUACUUUCUCAUGUUUUAAACUCAGCUCUGCGUUGUCCGCCUCUUUCUGGGGUUGAAGGGUCUAUAGAGUCACAUCUCCGUGUAUUGGGUGAAAGAGAGCGCUGGAAUGUAGAUGUUUUGUUGAAAAUGCUGAUGGAAUUGCUUCCUUUCGUGCACCAAAAAGCAUUUGGCACUUGUCCCUUCUUGUCCACCACAGAAACUGCACCAACUGUGUUAUCUAUCCCAUUGCUUGAAUUGUAUGCCAGGGAACAAGUUGAAUGGGUUACAUUUGAGUGGAUGCAUGUUGAGUGUUUUCCAAAUUUGAUACAGCUGGCCUGCCUGUUGCCACAGAAAGAAGAUAAUUUACGGAGCCGGAUUUCAAAGUUUUUGUCAUCUGUUUCUGAAUGUUUUGGGGAGUCCUACGUGACAUGCAUAAUGCUACCAGUAUUUUUAAUUGCAGUAGGGGAUGAUGCAGAUUUGACUUUUUUUCCUACUGCCAUCCAUUCAAGAAUUAAAGGUUUGAGGCCAAGAUCUGCCGUUGCUGAUAGGCUUUCUACAAUGUGUGUCUUACCGCUUCUGUUAGCCGGUGUUUUGAGUGCUCCUGGAAAACGUGGACAGUUAGAAGGAUAUUUAAAGAAGCUGCUUCUAGAAGAUAGUUCCAUGCAAAACCGAUCAACCAAGCACACUCCUGAGAUUAUUAAUGCUAUCCGCUUCAUUUGCACACGUGAAGAAAACCAUGGCAUGGUAUUUAAUAUAUUAUGGGAAAUGGUGGUCAGCUCUUACAUUAGUAUGAAAAUAAAUGCCGCACAGCUGCUGAAAGUUAUUGUUCCAUAUAUUGAUGCAAAGGCUGCUUCAACUCAUGUUUUGCCUGCUCUAGUUACUCUUGGAUCUGAUCAAAAUCUGAAUGUGAAGUAUGCCAGCAUAGAUGCAUUUGGUGCAGUGGCUCAGCAUUUCAAAAAUGACAUGAUUGUUGACAAGAUACGUGUUCAAAUGGAUGCUUUUCUUGAAGAUGGUUCUCAUGAAGCUACUAUUGCUGUUAUUCGCGCGUUGGUGAUUGCUGUACCGCAUACAAUAGACAGACUUAGAGAUUAUCUUUUGUCCAAGAUUUUCCAACUUACAGCAAUGCCAAAUGCAGCAAAAGAUUUAACACGGAGACGAGAGAGAGCUGAUGCAUUUUGUGAGGCAAUCCGUGCUCUGGAUGCUACAGAUCUUCCUGCAAAUAGUGUUAGGGACUUCUUCCUGCCUGCUAUACAGAACCUCUUGAAAGACUUGGAUGCACUGGAUCCAGCUCACAAAGAAGCACUUGAAAUUAUUAUGAAGGAAAGAUCGGGGGGAACUUUUGAGACUAUUAGCAAGGUAAUGGGUGCUGCUCAUCUUGCGCUUCCAACAUCAGUUAGCAACAUAUUUGGUGAGGGUGGGUUGCUCGGAAAGAAAGAAACCACUGAGUCACCGACAGAAGCAGUUGUGUCCCCCAGGACUGUCACUCCACCAGCAGAAGACACUAGAUUCAGACGUAUCAUGAUGGGAAAUUUCAGCGAGAUGCUUCGUGGUAAAGCAAAACCCCAAGAGGAUGGUCAGAACCAAUAA